AUGGCACUGCGCCUUCUUCUACUGCCCUUGGCCACCAGAGGCUUCGACAUCGAUGGCUGUACCAGCAUUGUGGUGAAUGCCGAUGCGAUGCAGGACGGCUCAGCGGUCACCUCCCAUGCGAAUGACUGCGCCGAUUGCGAUUGGCGAGUGGCCUAUGUCCCAGCACAGGAUCAUCCAGAAGGAUCGGAGCGGAUCAUCUACGAUGCGGUGUGGAGUCAAUAUCCACGGCUGGUGGAUCCUUCCCGCUCCAAGUCCUAUCAGCCAGCGAUGGGCAUCACCUCCACUGCGGUGCUGGGACGCAUCCCUCAGGUGAAACAUACCUAUGCGCUUUGGGAGGCCAGCUAUGGCCUCAUGAACGAGCACGGCGUAGGCAUGGGCGAGUCCACCUGUUCCGCUUUUCUGGUCGGGACAGGCCUCUCCCAGGGCGGCACGGCGCUGUUCAGCAUCGGCAACUUGAUGGCCAUCGCCCUGGAGCGAUGCAAGACCGCACGCUGCGCGAUCCAGACGAUGGGCGACCUGGGCGCCUUUUACGGCUUCUACGGCGAGGACCCGGGCAUGGGCGGCGCUGGCGAGGCGGUGACACUGGUGGACCAGAGCGGCGAGGCCUGGGUCUUCCACAUCUGUGGAGGCGUGCCCAGCAGCGAGAAGAACGCCUCCUGGGCCACUCAGCGUGGAGCGCUUUGGGCCGCGCAGCGGGUGCCCAGCGGACAUGUGGCGGUGGUGGCCAACAGCAUGAUCAUCCGGCAGAUUGACUUUGAGGAUAAGGAGAACUUCAUGCUCCACCCAGGCUUGAAGGAUCUUCUGCAGGAAGCGAAGCUGUGGAAUGGCAGAGGGCAGUUGGAUUGGCAAAAGGCGGUGUCGCCAAACAUGGAGACCUUCAGCUACUUUCCUGGCCUGGCGCCCAUCCCCAUGUACUCCACCUUGCGCAUGUGGGGCGUUUACCGGCAAGCGGCACCCAGCGCGAAGAUCCGAGCAACGAAGGAUUUGGGCAGCUUCCCGUUUUCUGUGCCCGUGGAUGGGAAGGUCUCCAUUUUGGAUGUGAUGAACUGGUUCCGGACGCACUAUGAGGGGACGGAGUUCGACAUGCGCUAUGGCAGCUUGGCGGGCCCCUUCCAGAGCCCGAACCGUGCAGAGGGGGGCGAUGGUGCCAAGGCCGUUCCGGGGCAAUUUGCUCGGGCCACGUCCAUUCCCCGCACCUCCUACACAGUGCUGUUGCAGUCGGGCAUCAAGCAGCCACGGGUUUGGUUUGCGCCGGACGCCUCCGCCUCCUCGAUCUUCGUGCCCUUCUUUGCCUCGGCACUGGACGCCAAUGCCCAGGGACGGUUUGACGUGGCAGCUUAUGGCACUGGCUCCAUGAAGAGCUUCAGUUUCGACGGAGCUCGCUCCGCCUGGUGGGCACACGACUUCGUGGCGAACUGGAUGGACUUGUCUUAUCAGAACAUGUCCGACGCUGGAGGUUCUGAGUUGGUGGGAACAGGAUGGAAGUGGGAGGGCGGCCGCUCGGAAGCCUGUUGCCGGAAGCUUGGAAGCUUGGAAAGAUUGGCCAUGCCCUUGCUGGGCCCCUUCGUGGCGAACACCUUGGCCACCACCGACGUGCAGCGCCGCCAGCUCGUCGCAGAGACGCACGGCGCGCUGCCGUGGGCCGACCGCGCCCGCGGCGCGGUCGACGGCGCCCGCGGACGCGCCUUGUGGAUCCACUCGCACGAACGCUCCAACGGAUUCUGUGGUUUGCUGAAGUACUCAAACCUGGAGCGUAUCGUGCUGGAGAAACCCGAGGUCAACCAUCGGGACUUUGAUGCCGACUGGUUCUGGCUGUUGAUCGAUCGAAACAAGAAGUCCUUGACAUCCUUGGAGAUGAGAGGUUGCCUCUCUGGGCUACCUGACCAAGGCGAUGUGAAGAACGUUCAGGUCCUGAACGUCUACGUGCAACAUUUGUACAAGUGCGAAGCGUUGGCCCACGUCGAUCUUCAAAAUCCACCGCCACAUGCGAUUUGGGAUGGGCAGCUUCUACGCUUGGUCUUUGGACGGCUCCAACGCCUGGCCUUGCGAGGGAAUGAUUGGAUCCUGCCCGAUGACCAAGGCUAUGCGGAUUUUAGUCAGACUUUUGCAAGGGCGUCUCCUCAUCUGGCGAAUUUGCUGCAACUGUCUCUCACUUGGGAUUCGCCCAUGACCGAUGAGGAAGAGCCGUCUGAACUUGAUCAUCCGCAUCCCUUUUUGCAGUUCUUCCUAAUGGCAGAUUUACGUCGACUUCGGUCUUUGUCACUCCAAGGAUGUUCCUACAGCAACUUCUUCUUGCAAUCCUUGGUGGGCUUCAUCAACCGGCACCGGAACUCCCUGGAAGAGCUGCAGAUCCGCUUGACGAAGCGCGACGAGAUGAGAACUGUUCCGGAACUGCUCGCAGGUCUAUGGGUCUUGCCCCAUGUGAAGAGCCUCCUGUUCCCCCUGGACGAGCAACACUUCCGGAGCGAGUUUCGACACCUCAGCUUCCAGAGGCUUCCGAGAGUGUUCCCUGCACUUCGCUUUUUGGCGCUCUUGUUCUGCGACCUUUGGGAAGCCGGCUCCGACGGUUCGGAGAAUGCGGUUCAGAGGAUCAGGUCCAGAUACACCGAGGUCUACCAGAUGAACAGCUCUUUGCAACGGAUCAUUGCACCCAGCCUUGUCAGCAAGACGUUUCAAAUGUUAUUUUUCCACUUGUUUGCCGCAAAAAAGCAUGUUGGGAGGCUCUGAGGCUCAGGGACUAGGCCUGUAGCUGCAGGCUCGCGGUAGCCGUAGCCUUUGGCUAAUCUCAUGGAGAGGAAGCUGGAGAGAGAGAGAGAGAGCACAAAAAAAGAGGGGUUUGAUGAGGUAUGUGUGUGUGGACCGGACUUCUCGAUCAGCACCUCACCAUCCGUUGACACCCGCUCCAUCCGCUUCUACUGAUGGGACGCCGCAAAACAUCGGGCCAAAAAGGGGGUCGU